AAGUAAAACGAAGUUUUAGGUGCAACUGGAAACCACGUUUCAAAUAUUCGUUGAACUGUGAAAGAUUCCAUCCCCUUUACUUAAUGGGUUCGAUCUUUAUCUUUUCUUCAUCAUUAAAAGCUGGAAAAGCCGUGUUUGUAGUGGUACCCUGAAGAGUGAAGAGUCGGUUUGGCAUCUCUAGUCAUCAUAAACUUCUUUCAGGCUUCCUCAGGCUUACGCUUUUACCGAGUUGUCAGUUACCUCUAAGAUCAUCCCCGAUCCUCAGAGAGAAGUCCAGGGUUGGUUUUGUUGUUUUGAUCGGAGUCUUUCUUUUUCUUUGAUCAGAAGAAAAAAAUAACGGUCUUGAAACCAAGAAAUCUGUUGAGAAAGAAAAGACUUUGAAGAAGGAAAAAGAGCGAAGAUGAGUUACUACAAUCAGCAGCAGCCUCCCGUUGGCGUUCCUCCUCCUCAAGGGUAUCCUCCAAAGGAUGCAUAUCCACCGCCAGGGUACCCAGUUGAAGCUUACCCCUACCCGCCUCCACAGUACGCAGCACCUCCGCCAAGGCAGCAGCAGCAGGAAACAGGUUUUCUUGAAGGAUGCUUAGCAGCGCUGUGCUGUUGUUGCCUUCUGGAUGCUUGUUUCUAAGGAGAAUGAAGAGAUGGGCUUGGUCAUUUGUCCAUUUUUAAGUAGAUUCAAUUAAGGGUACUUUUAUCCCAUGUCUAUGGAUUUUAUUUAUUUGGUUUUUUUAAUGUAUAACUUGAAGAUUUAUUCUACUUACCUCUGUCAGAACAUCUCAGUUUCUUAUUCAAUUUCGUGAUUCCUUUUGUUAUUCA